AUGACAAUUGAUGGACCGGUGCGGUCGCGACUUUCCCUACCCACCCACCACCUGCGACCCCCUGCCGCAGAUGAAUCUGACUCGGCAUCGCGCUGUGCAGACCUCGACGUACGAGUAAAGGAUGAUCGGCGGCAUGGGUCCUCAGCUCUUGGCCGCAUGGAAGGACGGAAUCAAGCAGGCCCUGACAAUUUCCGCGAGGGUUUCAUGGCCGGGGCACAAACCAGGUCGUCAUGUCGAUAUCGAGAAGCAGUGCCGUAA